GAAACAUGGCAAGAUUCCUAUUUAUAUAGUAUAAUUAUUUGUUUUACAGUGCUGUUGACAUUUCAACACACACUACUACAUGAGCAUACCUUGACCAAAAUACUUGACCAUUCAUCCACCUGAGUAACAAACUUGAUUUUAAUAUCGGAGCUUUAUUUGGACUUCCUUUUUGACAUUGUAACCAUGAUAUUGACAUUUAUAUAUUUUGUUUGGGUCUACAGCUAAGCUAAGUCUUACAAAUAAAAAUUGGUAAAAUCUACCAAAAAGCCUAUAAACAAUUCAAAAAAGCAUAAGCUAAGCUUUAAAGCCUGUUUUAUUAGAUGUGGUGUUAUUGUAACCGUUUGGACUCUCCAGUCCUCCCUCUAUAAAAUCAUUAUCGCUGUACACAUCCGCACCAGCAGAGGGCGCAGUAGCGACACCGUAUGUGGGCGUAGAGGAACAGCACGCAGAGGUAAAAUGAACUAUGGCCUGAUGAUGACGUGCCCACUCCCUUCUUGUCAAAAGCGAGGAUGGCUUUACCAAAGGUGAUCCGGUUGGCCGUUGUUCUUCUGGUUAUAUGUUGCGCUCUGGACAAGUCUGGAUUCAGACACUCUGUGUCCGACUUCUUUGAGGAACUGAUGGCUGUUAAAUCACCCAGCAUUCAUGUUAGAGAGAAAAGAGAAACUUUUACGAAUUUCACUGAUUACGAGUUCCAAGUUGUUUUAAGUGUUUCUGAGCUGGAGACUCUCCGGACGAUUCUCAGCAACCUCAGUUUUCCUAUACUCAUCAACAGCACCAGUGAGAUUUCCAACAUCGACGCCACGACAGUGUGUUCACAAAACAUAAGUGGGAACCACUUAUAUUGUGUGUGUGAGGAGAACUUUGCCUGGUCUUAUAACAGCUGUAUUACCUAUGGAGUGUGUGACGCCAUUGUUGGUGACACGUGUGGCUGCAUUAACGGGCUUCCAGCCGACGGUCAGUUCUGCCAGGUCAACAGCAGCCAAACAGUCACUGCCCAAACGCCGUCCUCUACAGCAGCUCCAGAGCUGGUGGACUUCGAUGUGAUCCUUGACCUCCACAUUCCGCUCUCCGGCGUUCCAGACGACAUACUUGAGUUAAUCCGACGCAUUCUGGGGAAUGAAACCUUCCCUGUGACCGUCUCACAGUCUUUGGAAGUGACAGAGAUGCUACUAACCACAGCCUGCUCUCCAAACUCCACCGACAGACUGCUGUGUGAUUGUGAGGAUGGUUUUGCUUGGCCAUGUGACAAGUGCAACGGCAGCAACUCAUGCAGCGACGUCAGCAGUCAAACCUGUACGUGCAUAUAUGGACUUCCUUCUGACAACGAGUACUGCCAGCCAAUCACAAAUAACUCCUUCUGCCCAACUCCACCUCCAGUAUUGACAACAAUGACAACAGCCAUGCCUAGUACAACAACACCGUCUCCUCCUACAAAUUACGAAACAUCAACCAUCCUGACAACCACAUCAUCUCCUCCACCUCAUGAAACAUCAAUCGUCAUGUCAACUACAUCAUCUCCUCCAACACUUCAUGAAUCAAAGGACAUUGGCAUCGUUCUUGAUUUGCACAUCCCGUUCUCCAACGUUCCACCUGAUAUGCUUGAUUUGAUAAGAACAGCUUUGGAAAAUGAAACAUUUCCUGUGAGAGUCUCUCAGUUUGUGGAAGUGAUAGAAUUAAACCUGACGACAGCCUGCUCUCCAAACGCCACUGAUGGACUGAGGUGUGAAUGUGAGGAUGGCUAUGCUUGGCCUUGUGACAUGUGUAAUGGAAACAAUUCAUGCAAAGAUGUCAGCAGUCAAACUUGUACAUGCAAAUAUGGACUUCUUUCCAAUGAAGAGUUCUGUCAACCAAUCACAGACAUUGAUUUGUGUCCCACAGCUUCUCCAGCCAUCCCAAACACCUCAACUGUCAUGCCAACCAUGGAAACAGGCUAUCCGAAUACAUCAACUCCUUCAGCAAAUUAUGUGGAACUUUAUGUGCUCCAUGAAUUGUUCAUCCCAGUCGCCAGUGUGCCACCAAAUAUAGUUGACUUAUUCAGAGCAGCACUCAAAAAUGAAAGCUUCCCUGUAACCCUCACAGCUUCGUUAAAAGUUAUAGAACUAAAUAUAACAACAGUUGUUUGUAAAGCUCAAGAUGGAUUCAGUGCCGGAUCGGUAGGUUUUGAGGCUGUUGCAUCCUGUGAAAAGGGCAAAGUGGGAACCAUAACAGCAGUUUGUAAGGCAGAUGGCACAUAUGGAGACGUCCAAGACAACUGUGUUCUAGAAGUCAUACAUAAUCUGCUCAGUGAGUCGGAGGCAUUGGAUGUGGUUACUCUGCCAGCAUUCUUGGAAGAGCUCAAGGGUGCAACUAUCAACAACUCUCAGACCAUAACUGAUUCUCCAGCCACCAUCAGCGCCAUGGUGCAAAUCUUUGCAAAUAUUGGCAGGAGGGCCGGUUCUUUAAAAAUCACAAUAUCUGAGGAGUCUACAAAGAAUAUCCUGGAAAGUGCAGGCAUUCUUACCAGUGACGCUGCAAAAGGCUCGUGGGAUAAACUGAACAGUGACAGCAAAAAUGAAAGCUCAGAAAACAAAAACUUCAGCUCUUCAUUUUUGAGCGCCUUUGAAGGGAUAACAGCCAGCGUCGUCAACAAACCUUUGAACAUAAAUACAACGCAUAUUCUUUUCACCAAAACUAAUUUCACGAACAAUUUCAAGGUUGACUUUAAUUCCUCCGUGGAAAUAGACAUACCAGAAGCUGGGGGAAGCAGGCAGUCAAUCGCAGUAAUGUUAUUUGCUUCCAUGGACAACGUGCUUCCUGCUAGGGAAAGCGUGAACACAUCAUCCAGCUUCAUCAAUGGAAAGGUGGUGCUUAUUAAGCCAGAAUCAGACAUUAACAACAUAUUGAUAGCAUUUGAUGUUCUGAAUGAGACUCUGGGAAAGCCUAAGUGUGUUUUCUGGGAUUUCGAUCUGCUUGAAGGUCUUGGAGGAUGGAGUGAUGAAGGCUGUGCCUUUGUACUGAAUGAAAAUGGAACAGUCAGGUGCAACUGCAACCACACCACCUCCUUCUCCAUUCUGUUUUCACCUGACAGCCCACAGGAUGUUGUGUUGGACUUCAUAACCUACAUUGGAAUUGGUAUAUCCAUGGGCUCCCUGAUUGUAUGUCUGAUCAUUGAAGGCAUCGCAUGGAGAAAAAUAAGAAGUAAUUCAACGUCAUACUUGCGUCACGUCUCCAUCGUCAACAUCGCAGUGUCUCUCCUGAUUGCAGACAUUUGGUUCAUUAUUGGAGCGGCCAUUUCAAACACAAAUAGUGCGCCGGCCUGCACAGCCGCUACCUUCUUCAUCCACUUUUUCUACCUGGCCCUGUUCUUCUGGAUGUUGGCCUCGGCCCUGCUGCUGCUCUACCGGACUCUCAGUGUCUUUGAAGGAGGGCUGUCUAAACUAACCAUGCUGAUCAUCGGAUUCGCUUUGGGAUAUGGAGCGCCGCUGAUCAUUGCAGUAAUAACUAUUGCCUCAACUGCUCCCUCCAAUGAGUACAUCCGGGAAAAUGUCGUCUGUUGGCUCAACUGGGACCAGUCCAAAGCUCUGCUGGCCUUCGUGGUCCCUGCUCUCAUGAUAGUGGUGAUAAACUUAGUGAUCCUGGUUGUGGUGUUGUACAAAAUACUAAGGAGAAGAGGUGGAGGAAACGCAUCCCAAGCAGAAGAGAAGAAUGUUCUGUAUGUGAUAGCCAGGAGUUUGGCUGUUCUCACGCCGUUGUUUGGGCUGACUUGGGGUUUGGGAGUCGGAGUCAUGCUCAGCCCAAAAAACAGAGGGAUGCACAUUACGUUUGCAUUGUUCAACUCAGUCCAGGGUUUCUUCAUUCUGCUGUUUGGAACACUGUUGGACACAACGGUGCGAAAAGCGAUGACCAAAUCUCAGACAUCUUCCUCCCGUAGCAAGACAACAAGCACCAGCAUUGGGAACUCUCUCCUCAACAUGCUGAAAAAAACAAGACGUCCUACCAAUGACUACCGCUCUGCUUCUAAUGGAUCCAACACUUAAUCCAAUGCAAAGUCAAGCAAAUCAAUAUUAUUUGUUUGCACAGAAAUUCGUUCUCAUCAAGUUUGAUUUGCUUUUUAACGGAUUGUGAACAAGUGAAGGAAACUGAAUCCACUGAUUCCAGCAGCUGCUGCUUGUAAUGAUAAAUCUUUCUUCGCAUAAUGUACUCAUGUCUUUUUAAAAUGUAUAAUAAUCUGCAGUAAUGUCUGUUUGUAGACAUCUUUCAUCCCAACUUUUGACCAAAUGUUUCCUUUGUUUCUUAUGGUCUGGGAUUUAUUUGGAGGAAAAGUGCAAAUGAUGUUAAAUAUUGAGAAGCUUAUGUCGGAUUAUUUUGAAUAAAUGCAUAAUAUUCAACGUAGAUGCGAAAAAGUCGCAUUUUUGCAAAGCAAGUUACCCAAAUGACUUUAGUCCAACAAUGUUGUUUUAACAUAACACUUCUAAUAUUAAUGUGAAAUAAUGAAUUUUACUUUGUAGUAUCUGUUGACGUAUAUUUUAUUUAUUGUCUGUGUGUGUGUGUGUGUGUGCGUGUGUGUGUGUGUGUGUAGAUGAAGAGUGUAGAAAUCUGUAUUGACAGGACAGUGUCUGUUAUACUUUUAUAAAAGUACUAUAUAUUUUAUUCAUUA